AUUUCCGGGUGCAUCCUAGCUAGCAUCAUCUGCUCCUCGGUCCUUCUCUGUCCGCUGAUCACACGUCCUCCACAGGCCAGGACAAGCACCGAGCCCUGCAUUUCAGCACCGGCUCCAUGUAUAAUUGAUGUCUACCAGCUAAAGCCAAAGCGGGCGCAGCAGGGCGGCCAGCGGAACGAGUCAUGGCGGCGUCGCUUCUCUCCGAGACCGACAUCAGGCACCGGUCUAUGGCGGAGGAGGAUCCGAACGGCAACGAGCAUGGGGCGGCUGCACGCAGCGCGGCACCUCGAUGGGGUCCUCAGCACGCCGGGGCCCGACAGCUAGCGACGCUGUACUCGCCUGGUAAACGGCUCCAGGAGUGGAUAUGUGUCGUUCUGUGCCUCUUUCUUUUCAUCAUCAACUUCUCCUUCCUCGUCCUCCAUUUCUCCACUGUUCACAUCUUCAAGAUCAUCCUAGGCAUUGUCCUAGGAAUAGUGACAGCGGACUUUGCAUCAGGGAUGGUACACUGGGGAGCAGACACUUGGGGAUCUGUGGAUAUUCCUAUAAUUGGCAAGGCUUUCAUCCGGCCAUUCAGGGAGCACCACAUUGACCCCACUGCCAUCACUCGCCACGACUUUAUUGAAAUAAAUGGCGACAACUGUAUGAUCCCCAUCCUCCCGCUGGCCUACAUGGCCUACAAGUUCCUCACUUACUCACCAGAGGCCUUGGCUACAUCUUAUCCUUGGGACUGCUAUGUCUUUGCGCUGGCGGUCUUUGUAACUCUGACCAAUCAGAUCCACAAAUGGAGCCACUCGUACUUCGGGCUCCCGCGCUGGGUUCGGCUGCUUCAGGACUGUCACCUAGUCCUGCCCCGAAAGCACCACCGCAUCCACCACGUCUCCCCACACGAGACCUACUACUGCAUCACUACAGGUUGGUGUAACUACCCUCUGGACCAGCUCGGCUUCUGGAGGUGGAUGGAGCGCGCCAUCGAACACUUGACGGGACUGAAGCCUCGAUCAGAUGACAUGGCCUGGGCAAAGAAAACCCACUGACAACAAACUUAACAUUCUUCUCAUUUCUUUACGCUUCUGGCUUUUUGCAAAAAAAUCCAAGAUGGUUGCCGUGACUUGGGUUGUGUUCUUCAGUGGCCACUGGGCUGGUUGGUUUAGCUGUGUUUCACCAGUUUGUGCUUGAUAUGUGGGAGCGUGAUGUUCUUGGAGGUUGGGCUCUCCAGGACUGACGCCAUGUUGCCUGUCAUUGGUACAUUCUUCAGACAUACAGGGUCACGUGCGUUCACUGUAAUUUCUGAUUUGUUUGCUUAAAAACAUUUUCACAUAAUUGCCCAUGCUAAGAACUUAUUAAGAACUUAAAGGUGUAUUGCGCAACUUUCCUGUUGGAGGGUCCGCAACCUGUUUGUCUUCAUGGAGAUGUUAAUGCUGUGGUUUAAAUUCUAAGUGUGAUAUUCAGCUAAUCUGUCUUGCAUUUUUAUAUCUUAAAAACAUUAUUUCUUACCAUGAAUGAGGUAAUUUGGCCUGCAAGUCUCCAUGAAGUUUAUGGCCAUACUGUGGAACAUUCUAGACACAUCUCCAUGGAGACAAGCAGGUGACAGAUACACAAUAAUGCACCUUUAAGAAAUAUUUAUAGUGUAAGAUAGGAAAAUGGCAUAUUUGGUGUGUGAAAAAUAUUGCUGUUAGGAUAACAUUUGAAUCUGUAAGGAUGUUUAAAGUUAUAGACGUGUUGAUAAAAGUCCUUUAUCACGCUAUGUUUAAGGCAACCUCUGCAUUAUUCAAUUUAGCUUAUUUGACUCAAUUACAUCCCCCCGUCCCCAAAUUAAAAUGUUGUCUCCUUUAGGGCUAGAGUGAGUAGUGGAGUGCAUUAUCUCCCAGUGUUAUCUAAUGUCAUGGAUAUUCAGUCAUUAUAUACACUGGGGAUUGGACCAAAGGUGGAGCUUUAAUUGAAGUUCUUGUCUUUUAUGGAGACAAGAUUAAAACACGCUCUACCACACUUUUCCAAACAGGCCACACUUCUUCAUAAACAACAUUAUGAACAACAUUUAAAAAUACUUACAGAUACAAUGAAUAGUUAUUCAAAAAUACACGUGUGUUGUUGGUGUAACAUACAAGGUUAUGUUUCUUAAAAGGUCUUCAUGAGAAAUAUUUGUGUGGAGAAUUUAGGGUAAGUCCAUCGUGUGAUAUGAUAGAACUAAGACUAAGUGGUUGGUAAAUAAGCAUUUCGUUUUUUUGCACUUUUUGAGGAGACAGCCAUCAAGCGGUUUCUACGCCAUGUGCUCAUAGGCAGACAAACCAGUGGCUCAAGUUUAUGCUGUUCAUUGACUUAAGAUUGAGUUUGCAGUUUAGCAUCACUUGGCUUUUUCUCCACCUCAGACAGUUAACAGCAUUUGUUCAGCACUAAUAAAAUGCAAUUACGAAGAGGAUUGAAAUGGGGGCUCAUUGCUGUACGACAUUCCACGCUCUCACACCGAGAAGACAGUGAAAACAGUUGUGUACGACGCUAAUUAGUGCCACUGAACGCCACACUGUGCGGAAACUGUAAAAAUGUGUCACAAUUCUGUAAACCCAAUUGUUCUCUCAGUUUGAGGCGACACAAAGGUAAAACGCAUUGAUCACACUCCACUGACUGGUGAUCACUGCUGAUGAGGCUGUGUGAGGAGGGAGAGCUGUGUGAUUUGUUUUCAUCUUUAGAUAAGUCACAAAGGUCAAUUAAAAUAGCACUUUAUUUUGACAACAUACUCUCUGUUACAUCUGUUAUACUUCUAUGCCUAAAAACAACAAAAAGUUUGGGCAUUGUGCAAAUGUGAAUACAAAUUAAUGGUUUGCAUUUUUAAAACCUCAUUUUACUCACAUUUCAACAUAAAAAAUGUUUAAACUGAAACAUUUUAGAUACAAUAAUAGUGUCAUCUCUUAAAACUUUUACACAAAGUAUAAAUAGAAACUUACUUUUUUACUUUGUUGCUUUUAUCGUGCAAAUUCAAUAGUUGCUAAUACAUUUCACACAUUUUCAGUAACAUAAUUCAUGCAGGCCUAUCAUAUAAUUUAGCUUGUAAUUACACUUGACUCAAUGCCCUUCUCUUUUGUUAUUAAGGUUGUACAAUAACAGCCUGUUCCACCUACGUAGUUCUUGAAGCUCAUUGAAAUCAUGUCGAAAUCACAUCUUCUUGCUCUGCUCUGCCACUUGGUUCUGUUGUUUCUGGCUUUAUAAUUUUCUAUUUUUAUGGACAAACUUAAGCCUUGUAGAGUUACAAUUCUAAUGUUCCAUUCAGCAGCUGUUCGCGCGCUGCUUGUCUGCCUUAAUGUUUUUAUCUGCUCUUUGAUUUAAAUAAAGGUUUAUUAACUCA